UGUAAGUACCAUCGUAUUCCCCAAAACACAAAUGCUGCUGACAGGCCUGACCCCAAGCUGGCCUCCAGGGCACCUGUUCUGUGGAUGGGUGUCCCCAGUGGAUCACAGGUCAGUUCUCCCUUCACACCUGCAAGGGGGAUGCAGCAGGGGAUGGGCGGUGCUGGCACCUGCCGGGAGAAGUGACAGGGAGACUUCCCCCAAAGCCUGUGGUUACUUUUGAGUUUUGUAUCAUGUCACUGUAUUCUUUAUUUAAUAACUGGAAAGUCAAAAAGUGGUGCUGCUUUGUUUCAUGAAAACAACUAUGGCUCAAAAGCUCUAUUGUUUCAGCAGGAAACAAGCCAAUCAUCAAGGAGUUCUGGAACAAAAAGAUCUAGAUGACUAACAGGUCGUGCGUGUCUCGAUGCAGUUGCCAACGGCCUUUUGCUGUUGCAUCUUGAGCAAAGAAAGGAGACUGCAGGGUUAACACAUCACCCCUUCUGCUAACUUCCCCUACUCCCCAAGUGACUUUUCAGAUCACCCCUCCAUGUACCCAUGAGAGGCAUUAUGAGCGUUUUGGACGAUGCUGUCAUAAAUGUGAACCAGGAAAGUACAUGUCUUCUAAAUGCACUACUACCUCGGAGAGUGUAUGCCUGCCGUGUGGCCCGGACGAGUACUUAGACACCUGGAAUGAAGAAGAUAAAUGCUUACUGCAUAAAGUCUGCGACUCAGGCAAGGCCCUGGUGGCCGUGGAGCCCGGCAACCGGACGGCCCCGCGGCGCUGCGCCUGCACGGCCGGCUACCACUGGAGCGCGGACUGUGACUGCUGUCGCCGCAACGCCGAGUGCGCCCCGGGCUUUGGCGCGCAGCACCCGGUGCAGCUCAACAAGGACACAGUGUGCGAGCCCUGCCUUGUGGGCUCCUUCUCAGAUGCCUUCUCUUCCACAGAAAAAUGCAAACCUUGGACCAACUGUAGCGUUCUCGGAGAGACGGAAGUACGUCAUGGGACCGAUAAAUCAGAUGUGGUUUGCAGUUCUUCUCUGCCGUCUACAAAGCCACCAAAUGAAUCCAAGAUAUACUUGCCCGGUUUAAUUAUUCUCCUUCUCUUCAUAUCUGUGGCAUUAGUUGCUGCUGUCAUCUUUGGUGUUUACUAUAGGAAAAAAGGGAAAGCAGUAACAGCUAAUUUGUGGCACUGGGUCAAUGAGGCUUGCGGCCGCCUAAGUGGAAAUAAGGAGUCCUCAGGCAACAAUUUUAGCAGCACUCAUAUGGAAGCCUCUAGUCAGCGUGAAAUUUGUGAAGGUGUCUUACUGCUGACUCUGGAAGAGAAGAUGUUUCCCGAAGAUAUGUGCUGUCCAGACGGCGUUGGCCUCUGUGGCGGUGUGUGCGCAGGGGGUGGUCCCUGUGCACAGGGAGAAGAUGCUGGAGUGCUCACCUUGGUCAGCGAGAUUGAGGGGGACCCCUUCAGGCAGAUGCCCACGGAAGACGAAUAUGUAGACAGGCCCUCCCAGACCCCAGACUCUUCACUGUCCCUCCCUCGGCCUGGCAGCAAAUCCACACCCCCUUUUCCUGAGCCCCUGGAGGUGGGGGAGAAUGACAGUUUAAGCCAGUGCUUCACUGGGACAGAGGGCUUGGUGGAUUCUGAAAGCUGCAAUUUCACGGAGCCCCCGUGCAGGACCGACUGGAUUCCCAUAGCCCCAGAAAAGUACUUGCAAAAAGAAGUGGAGGGUGGCAAUUGCCCCCACUGGGCCGCCAGCCCCAGCUCUGCAGACGGCUGCGCAGGCUGCAGAAACCCUCCCGGGGAGGACCGGGAACCCCUCACGCCUACCGCGAAAAGUGGACCUUUGCCCCAGUGUGCCUAUGGCAUGGGCCCCCCGCCUGAAGAAGCAGCCGAGGGGACAGGCCAGCCCACGGACGGGGCCGACGUAAGGCUUCCCGGCUCGAUGAGAGGAGGCCCGGGGUCUGGGAGCCCCUCCAGUGACCAGCCACCUGCAUCUGGAAAUGUGACUGGAAACAGUAACUCCACGUUUAUUUCCAGCGGGCAGGUGAUGAACUUCAAGGGCGACAUCAUCGUGGUCUACGUCAGCCAGAACUCCCAGGAGGGCCCGGCGGGGCCCGGCGGCGGCGGCGGCGGCGGCGGCGGCGCGGGGGAGCCGGUGGGCCGCCCGGUGCAGGAGGAGAGCCCGCCGCGCUGCGACUCGUUCGCGGGCCUCGGGCCGCGCUUCCCCGACCCCUGCGCUGACCUGGAGGCGCGCCCGGGCGGGGGGCUGCAGGAGUGCGGCUCCCCCGGGCCCGACAAGGCCUCGCGGCCGGUGCAGGAGCAGGGGGAGGCCGACAAGGGCGCGGCAAGGGCGCGGCGCUGAGCGGCGGGUGACUCGCGGCGGACCUCGGGGCCAUCCAGCCCGGGCUCGGCGGGCACCACAGGGGCCGCGCGUUCCUACUUGGAGGCGGGGAGCCGCACGCACCUGCGCCUGGGCGGGACCGGGGCCAGGGGCGGGCCGGGAGGAGGCUCGCGCGCCUGUGCCCGGGCGGGGCCUGGGGACGGAGCGCACCUGCUCCCGGACGGGGCCUGGGGGCCGCGCGCACCUGCUCCUGGGCGGGGUCUGGGGACUGCGCGCACCUGCUCCUGGGCGGGUCAGGGCGGCAGCCCGGAUCUGCGCCCAGACGCCCCUCUCUUCGGUACAUCGUCAAAUUACCUGACAUUCUCCACCUGUCUUGCUCUUUAUAGAAUCGGGCACUUUUUAAAAACCUGCAUUUGUGGUCACCAUUCACUGUUACCCACAGUCACGUAUCAGCUGAUGACACGGGUAGGCGUCGCUCCACUUUUUACCUCCUUUUAGGGUUUUCCUCCAUCCCCUCCCAUUCCCCAUUAUCAUUUCAUCAGUAGUUUGUCUCUUUAUGGCAUCUGUUUUAGUGAUUGUUCUGUUCUUUUUGGGUCUCCCCCCCCCAUAUUUGUAUUUCACUUCCAUAACAUUUUUCUUGAUAGAACCCCCCCCCCUUUUGUUUUUACUCUGUAACGAUUUUCUUGAAAAUUAUCCUUAGGGUGCUGGUCUUCUUUACAUAUAUUUGCACCCCUUCUUGCAAGUAGGCUCCCUGUGUUUUGGUGACGGCUUUUUUGGGGGGUAGGGAGGUCUGUACUAAGCACUUUUGGGAAAAGGCUAGGACUGUGAAGCUUGGAGGGAGGCUCAGGGAGCAGAUGGAGUGACUUUUUGUUUUUGAAAUUUUUUCUGUGUUCUCGUUUUUUUAGAGGGAGGAAAAAGGGAAACCCUACUUCCCCCGAAUGUUUUUAAGACUCUGUCAAUCCUCAGGCAGAACUAAGUGGUAGUGUGUCCUUCUUUCCCCCACUCCCAAAAUGGUUCACCCCUGAGGUGAAUGUAUUUACUCAUUCCAGUAGAGGCCGUCAGGUCCUAGCUGAAUCUCUAAAGAUCCAAGUUGCUGCAGCUUGGUGUUCUUACUUUAAACAGAAUCCUCAUAUUAUGCAUUUAAGAAAACUUAUCACAGAGACACUUUUCUCUUAGACCAGCCCUCUUGUGAGGAAACACACAGCAUGAGUCAGAUUGAAAGGAAUUACCUGGGUUGGUCCAUCCGUUGUGGUGAGUAUUUAAUCUCCUCGGGUGCCAGGGGCCACAGGUGCCCAGCUGAAGGAGUGGCCAUCAUUGAUUUCUCCCUACUGGUUGCAGAUCUCUUGGAAAUGCUGGAAAACUAUCAGCCAGUUACGAAUUUUAAUGGAGAAGCAGAGGGUGGCUCUAUAAUUUAUGGGACUCCUUUGCUGGCAAAAAACAAAAACAAAAACAAACAAACAAAAACCCCUGCAGGGAGUAAUUGCAUUGCCAGGAUGAUUAGUUUAUGGGAAUUUACUAUCUGUUCUGCCCAUUUUGUUAACAUCCAUCCAAAAAGAGAUGUUAUGGGGCACCUGGGUGGCUCAGUCGGCUAAGCAUCUGACUUCAGCUCAGGUCAUGAUCUCAUAGUUUAUGGGUUCAAGCCCCACGUCGGGCUCUGUGCUGACAGCUCAGAACCUGGAGCCUGCUUAGGAUUCUGUGUCUCCUCCUCUCUCUGCCCCUCCCCUGCUCAUGCUCUGUCUCUCUCUCUCUCUCUCAAAAGUCAAUAUUAAAAAUUAAAAAAAGAGGUAUUAUAAAAGUGGAAGAAACCAUUAUACCUUUUGAUAUGGAAUGUAUUAAACAGACAAAAUGUGGUUCACAGAGUAGAAUGCUGAGCUAAAGACCCAAGUUUCUGCUAUGACUUAUCAUCUCACUGAUGCUACUUUUAGCAUUCUGCGCUUUCAUUUUUCUUUCUGUAAAAAAGCACUAGCGAUCGUUUUUGACACUUUCCUCGCCCAGAGAUAACAAAAGGAUGCUACAGUCAGUGAAUGUUAAAGUAUCUUGAGCCCCUUAAAUAAAAGGUGCUAAAUAAAUACAUAAGAAUCUAC